AUGCCUGAUUAUCUACUUCCUUACAUAUUCCAAGCGGUGGAUGGGGAGGUACUUCCCCAGACCUACUGGGACUGGGAAACGUUGUGCUAUUGUGUGGCAUUCAUCACACCCUUGCUUAUGUCGCUUGCGGGAGGUUGGAGAAGAGCGGAAAUCUUACCAAGUUCAUGCCAUCUCUUCUCUCCACAGUACACCUUCAACGCGGGGUAG